AUGUGGGCAGAACCAGGUCCAGGGCAGCACCUUCACUACGCACUCCAUCAAGGGGAGGCACUGGGAGAGGAAGCACGUAGUACAGCAGCAGCGGUCCACUUUGGUCUAUUGCAUAUCUCCUAUAUUUAGCUCCUACCAAAGAACGGACUGGACUCGGAGAGUGUCGCUGUCUCGAGUUCGGCUCCAGCCGCGUGAAAACAUUGACGACGCGCUGCAGUGUGGCCACGCUUUAAUGUCAGGGGACUGUUCCUGGAGGAGUCCUGGGAACUAGCGGCUAUCCUCCUCCCAAAAAGGCUGCAGGGGACAAAUAGGCUAGAAGAAGAGGUGCCCUUGGCUGUGAGUAGAAAGGUGAUUUCUCCCCAACAAGCCCCGUCGUCUGCAGCCUCAAACGGCAUGGAGGGUAUCUGCUUCGAGGUGAAGCCGACAAGGGAUGAAGCCCUGGUUCCACACUGCGUCCAGAAGCCUCCCUCCAAGCGCCGCUCGCUGCCCUCCAUCGCGCCUCCCACGGUGGUCACCUCACGCCUGGACAAAGGGCGAAGGUCUUAUCCCAGGGCUCGGGGGGAAACGAAGGAGGUCCCGGCGGAGAAGGAGGAGGAGCAGGAGAUGCGCUACAGGCUUGCCUUGGUCGGUUCUUUGCCGGUGCAUCCUCUGACCACCAUGGCCAUGCUGCCCUGGGUUGUGGCCCAGAUCGUGCGGCCCGGACCCGGGGAGCGGGAGUGGGGCCGCGAGGGUCCGCACGUAGGUGGACAUCAGAACCCCCCGAAACGCAAUCAGUCCGUCUUUCUGACCGUGUCUGCGUCGCGGGUGCAGUGCGUGUCGGCCUGGGCCGAGGGGGCGGCGUGGGACCCUCUCUCCCACACGGUGCUGUUUGAGUGUCUCCCUCACAGGGUGACCAAGCUGAUCUACAACAGCCAGGAGCCCAGCAGCUUUGGCUGUCUGAUCCGGGAUGGCCAGCACUGUGCCUGCUAUGUCUUCCAAUGCCACGACAGCACCAGGGUCCCUGAGAUCAUCAGCACACUGCGCCAAGCGGGCAAGAGCGCCGCACGCACUGAUGAUGUCACACCCACCCCCGACGCUUCUCCGCCCACCGCCUCCAGGGGCCUUGCCAUCGCCCAAAGCUGCCCCUCCUUUUCCUCCAUCUCCGCAACGAUGACGACGGCAGCCGGGACGACGACCACGACCACGUCCUCGCUGUCAGCCCCUCAGCUGUCCCCCACGGCUUUCGCCAAGAAGUUUGAGGUGCUGUUCUGCGGCCGCGUGACCGUGGCGCACAAGAAGGCGCCGCCCGCCCUCAUCGACGAGUGCAUAGAGAAGUUCAGCCAAUCGCGUGGCUUGGGGGGCGGGGCCAAAGGCAGUGGUGGCGGGGGGCUUGCGGGCGGGCUGAAGAGGGCGCUGGCCUUCCACUCCAACGGGUCGCUCAGCGACGGCGGUGGCGAGGGGCUGGCAGAGAGCCCAACGGCGCCCAGGCGGCCCCUGCUGUACAAGAGGGACCCCAGCUUCCCCUGUCUGCAGGCCCUGGACGAGAACGGCCUCUCGCCAGAGAUCACCCUGAGCCACGCCGACGACGCCCACUGCCACUCCACCGGGGUGCGGCCCACCAGCCUGCAGGAGAACAGGACCAUGCUCUUUAUGGUCGGGAGGUCCCAGAUCUUCUUGGUGAGUCCGGACACCAAGAAGGUGGCCAUCGAGAAGAGCUUCAGGGAGAUAUCCUUCUGCUCCCAGGGCAUUCAUCACGUGGAUCACUUUGGCUUCAUCUGCAGAGAGACGGUGGACGGAGCAAGCUGCCAUUUUGUCUGCUACGUCUUCCAGUGUACAGAUGAAUCUCUGGUAGACGAGAUCAUGCUCACCCUGAAGCAGGCGUUCUCGGUGGCCGCCCUGCAGCAGAGCGUCCGGACCCAGAGUCAGCAGUGCGACAGCUGCCCCAUGCAGCAGCUUCACCGGCUGUGUGAGAGGAUAGAGGGUCUCCAGCCGUCAAAAACCAAGCUGGAGCUCCAGAGACACCUGGCCACCCUGGACAACGAAGCCCAGGCCGCCGUCUUCGAGAAUAAAAUGCGGGCCAAGUCUGAGCAGGAGGAGAAUGAGAUGGUGAUGGCCAGUCUGAGGAGCCUUUACGAGGAGCGGCAGAAGGGUCACCAGCACUCUCAGCCUGGGGAGAGUAAGCAGGUCAGCGAUGAUCCCAACCCAGCAGAGGUGACACAGCAGCAGCAGCAGCAGAGCAGCAGUCGCCAGCGUCUGGAAGAGUUCAAGACAAGAGCCAAGCGCUCACUCACAGAGUCCCUGGAGGGCAUCUGGAAGGCUAGCAGGAAGCCGGCUCAGAGGGAUAUCAGUGAGGGGAGCGACGGCUGCUCUACCAGCUCCACCAUCACCCCUGAGCAGGGUUCUCUAGAUGAACCCCUGCCCCCCUCUUCACCCAUACGACCUACCAGCUCCCUCAGGGGCCACAACUCCACCGGGGACCUGAAGCGGCUGGACCCCUGCUCCUCUCCCCUCUCCCCGUCCCCCGGGGGCACGCCGCAGCAGCAGCAGCAGCAGCAGCAGCAGGGUUUCCGCCGGCGGGCCAGCACCUACAGCCACCCCCCGACCCCCACCUCCGCGGACCCCUCGCCGGCCCACACGGACCCCCUGGCGCCCCAGGACCUGACGCCCGGGUCCAAGCCCAAACUGGUGCGACACUACUCCGUCAGCACGGACACGCCGCACCAGAGCAAACUUUCUUCAGACUCGUGUCUUCCUCCUCCCUGCUCCUCAUCUCGCUCUCCUCCCCCUCCCCAGCACCCCUCCCCCCCCUCGUCGGGGGGGAGACUCAACAGGAAAAGUCCUCUGGGAGGCCUGCGUGCGCGUCUACGCUCCUCUUCCUCUGUUCCCAACUUCCUCAAAUUCCAGUUCCUGGCCCCCGUUCAGGAGAACGAUAGUCCAGAGCUCAAGAGCAGCGAUGUGGCCGCCCUGUCGAGCCCUGGGCUGGUGCAUGUGGUCGGGGAGAGUCCUCUGCGCAGCCAACGCCACUCGUGGAGACAGCAGAUCUUCCUGCGUGUUGCAACGCCACAGAAGAACUCUGAUUCCAUCGAGCGGGGGGAGGGGGGUCUGGAGGCAUACGGCGGUGCCGAGGGAGGGGGCGCCGGGGCAGACCCCGCCCCACCCGGCGCGCCAGGCGGGAAGAGGAAGAGCGGCGAGGAGCUGAGGGAGCUGUGGAGGAAGGCCAUCCUGCAGCAGAUCCUGCUGCUCCGCAUGGAGACGGAGAACCAGAGGCUCCAGGCCUCAGCAAGCGACCUCCAGAACAAGCGUCUGAAGCUGGACUACGAGGAGAUCACGCCGUGCCUAAAGGACGUCACGCUGGUCUGGGAGAGGAUGCUGGCGACGCCCGGCCGGUCAAAGGUCAAGUUCGACUCGGACACCAUCCACGCGGCCGUCACACAAGGGGUCCCCAGGCCGCAGCGCGGGGAGAUCUGGAAGCUGCUCUCGGAGCAGUACGUGUUGAGGCAGACGGUCCCGGCCCGGCCGCCCGCCAACCAGACGCCGUACAAGGACCUGCUGAAACAGCUCACCUCCCAGCAGCACGCCAUCCUCAUAGACCUGGGGCGAACCUUUCCCACUCAUCCCUACUUCCAAGCCCAGCUCGGGGCAGGACAGCUGUCCCUCUAUAAUCUCCUUAAAGCCUAUUCACUUUUGGACCCUGAGGUGGGCUACUGCCAGGGCCUGUCCUUCAUAGCAGGCGUGCUGCUCCUGCACUUGGAAGAGGAGCAGGCCUUUGACAUGCUCAAAUUCCUUAUGUAUGACAUGGGGCUGCGCAAACAGUACCGGCCUGACAUGAUCAUACUGCAGAUCCAGAUGUACCAGCUGUCUCGGCUCCUGCACGAUUACCACAGGGACCUGCACAGCCACCUGGAGCUGCACGAGAUCGGCCCCAGCCUGUACGCCACGCCCUGGUUCCUCACCGUCUUCGCCUCGCACUUCCCCCUGGGCUUCGUUGCCCGGGUCUUUGACAUGUUGUUCCUGCAGGGGUCCGAGGUGAUCUUCAAGGUGGCCCUCAGUCUGCUGGGGAGCCAUAAGCCACUGAUCCUGCAGCAUGACAGCCUGGAGUCCAUCGUGGACUUCAUCAAGACCACCCUGCCCAACCUUGGACUGGUGCAGAUGGAGAAGACCAUUAACCAGGUGUGUCAGAUGGAUGUCUCCAAGCAACUUCAGGCCUACGAAGUGGAGUACCACGUCCUACAGGAUGAGUUGAUGGACACGCCCCCUACCCUCAGCCAAUCCCAGAGGGUCGCGCAGUUGGAGAGGACCAAUCAGAGCCUCCGGCAGCAGAACCGCGACCUGCUGGAGGAGCUGCAGGUAUCCCAAGCACGCGUGGCGGGCCUGGAGGGCCGGCUGGAGGGCCUGGCGCGGUCGGAGGGCCAGCUGAGGGAGCAGGUGUGCGGGCUGGAGGAGGAGGCGCGGGGGCUCCAAGGAACCGUGUCCCGGCUGCACACCCUCCUCACCGGCCUGGGGGUCCACACCUCCGCCGAGGGGGAGCUGAUCGCCCGUCCGCGCUCCCCCGACCAACAGCGGCCCUGGGCGGCUGGGCACCCCCCCGGUACAGAGGGGCUGGGGAAAGGCCCCCCGGACCCUCUGCCUGAACCUCUGGCACUCCCGGGAGGGCUGUAGCCCCCAACCCCUCACACACACGCAGAACAAAGCAAGACAGAAAAUAAGAACAGAACUUUAUUCCAAACACUAAGUUGAGAUGAGGAGGACCUGGACUGUUAGCCAUGCCCCCCCCCCCCCCCCCCCCCCCCCCUCCAUCCAUAAGUAGAAAGCCCAGCAGGCUGGGAAGGCGUGUCGAUGUAUCCCACCCUAUCACCUCGCCCCAGGCUCCGACUACGCCGCUCACGGCCCUGGAAGAGAGGGAAGGCCAGAGAAGGGUGGUUCCCUGCGACACGGGCUCCAGGAGCCGAGGAGAUCAUGUAGCCCUCAGAGAGGACUAGAUUCCCCCGGAGUGGGAGACCCAGCACGCGGAACUCGCUCUGGUUAUAUUUCCUUGUUCCUGGCCUGUCGUGAGAAAGCCACGCACACAUGCACGCGCACGCACGCACGCACGCACACACACACACACACACACACACACACACACACACACACACACACACACACACACACACACACACACACACACACACACACACACACACACACACACACACACACACACACACACACACACACACACACACACACACACACACACACACACACACACACACCACAUGUAUCAUGCCACCACAGGUUGUCUGAGAGGUGUUCUGUACCACCGACGCAGUGAAUGUUUGUCGAGUCCCCAAAGAAUUUUCCCCUGACAGAACAAAGUGAGAGGAUGCUCUGGUGGUGACAGAAACGAUAUCAAUCACUCCCUAAAAAACGCAACGCUGAGACCGGGCCAAAAAAGAAAAAAAGGAGCAGGUAUUCAAAUAUCAAACUGGCAAGACGCAACAUUGAGAUCUUUGGCGUGUCGUGCGUUCACAGUCUCUUGAGCCGUCAGUGUUAAGUCAAACAGCUGGAACUGUAAUAUAAUGGUUAGCUUAUCUGGUGUUUGCUGUUUACACUUCACAUGUACUCAUUGUCCACUUUCAUAUGUAAACUCUCGGGAUGACUGAUACGAGACGAUGAGUGACUCGCUCUGAGCUUCUUUUCCCUGCAUGCUACGCGUGUACAAGCGACUGAGCACAGGGUCAACACCUGCCUAGUGGGUGUCUGCACAAUAUUGUUUUUUGCCAAAUUCAAGAAAUAUUGGAAUUAGUCUGAGAAAAGCUAAUCUGUACAUCAGCUAAUAUUCCUGCCUGCUGUAGUGUGUGUGUGUGUGUGUGUGUGUGUGUGUGUGUGUGUGUGUGUGUGUGUGUGUGUGUGUGUGUGUGUGUGUGUGUGUGUGUGUGUGUGUGUGUGUGUGUGUGUGUGUGUGUGUGUGUGUGUGUGUGUGCCAUUUACACUGUAAAGACUCCUUGCACAAGUUUUUUGUUUUCUUUUUAAAUGGUUUCAAUUGUGUAGUAUUGUAUUGAAAUGUUAUUAUACACUUUGAUGAAAUACAUUUCCUUAGUUUUCAAUACAAGUGAA